UCAUCGCCACCAUGCGGGACCUGCGGAAGAAGGAGAAAUUGGAGGAGGCGGCGGGAUCGGCGCUGGGAAAGACGUUGAGCAUCCAACGCCUGGACGUCUGCAGCGACAGCUCGGUGGCCGAGUGCAUGGGGAGCAUCCCCGGGGGACGGGUGGACGUGCUGGUGAAUAACGCCGGCGUGGGGCACGUCGGUCCCGUGGAGAGUAUCAGCAUGGAGGAGAUGAAGCGCGUCUUUGAGACCAAUUUCUUCGGGGCCGUGAGGAUGAUCAAGGCCGUCCUCCCCGACAUGAAGCGGCGGCAGAGCGGUCACAUCGUGGUCAUCAGCAGCGUCAUGGGGCUGCAGGGGAUCGUCUUCAACGAUGUCUAUGCCGCCUCCAAGUUCGCUGUGGAGGGAUUCUGCGAGAGCUUGGCCGUGCAGCUGCUGCAGUUCAACGUCUUCGUCUCCAUGGUGGAACCGGGUCCCGUCAACACGGAUUUCGAGCUGAAGCUGAUGGAGGAGGUUUCACGCUCCGAGUUUCCCGGCACCGAUCCGGCUACCGUGCGGUACUUCAAGGAGGUGUACCUGCCGGCUUCCCACGAGAUCUUCACCACGCUGGGGCAAAGCCCCGCCGCCGUGGCUGAGGCCAUCGUGAACGUGAUCGGAGCCAGGCGUCCGGCUUUCCGCACGCAAACCAACCGCCUCUACACGCCGUUGGUGGCCCUCAAGUACGCGGAUCCCUCGGGAGACCUGUCCGUGGGACCCUACUACCGCCUGCUCUUCAACUACGGCACCCUCUUCCACCUCAGCAUGGGCGCCCUGCGGUGCCUCACCUGCGGCUGCUUCCGACGCAGGGUCACCCCGCUCUGAGCGGGGCACCCCAA